AUCGACAGCGCAGCCAGCCACCAUGCAAGACGGACGGACGGUCGUGAGCAGAGCGCUGGCGAAACAACAACAAAUGCGCUAUGACACACACGACAGACACACAUAAAAAUGAAAACGACGAACGUCGACGGCAACGACGAUUGACGGUCGACUGUCGACACGACGGUGAACCAAGUGAAAUAAAUCGCUAAAUUCCUGCGGCAGAAAUAAAGCUUGUCAAAAAUUCAUAGCAAAUUUUUAUUUUGGUUAUAAUUUACAACGAACAAAAUGGUUUUCAAUAUUUUAUUCAAGGAUCGUGUAACGAAACCGCAAAAGAAGAUGCUCAUUACACUCCUGCGUGAAACCAAAUAUAUGGAGGGGAAAAAGGAGAAGGAAUGGUAUUGGGAGAAGAUACAGGCGGCGCUAAAUACAAUCGGACCAAAGAAGACCAUAAUACAGUGGAAGAAGUGCUGGCGGGAUAUGCGUUUGACUACGCGUAAGAAACUUGCCGAGCUGAAACGUUGCCAACUGGCAGGAGGUUCCCCGCCUCCGGGAAUUGAGCUAAACCAAGAGGAUAACGACAUUAUCGAUAUUGUUGGCACCGAAUAUUUCUAUGAGGAAAUGAAUGGCGAAUUAAAACCGGAGAACUUCAUGUCUGGCUUCGAUUAUGUACCCGAACAUUUUUGUGAUGCAAUCCUAACAGCUGCCGCUGUAUCCAACGGUCAGCAACAGCACAUGCAGCAUCAAAAGGAUCAGCAACAUGCGGCACAACAACAGCAGCAACAACAACAACAACAACAACAGCAACAGCAGCAAGAUCAUACGAAUAAUGAUGGCGAAACAAAUGAUGCACCCGGUUCGUCUAAUCACACCGACACGCAUGGCGGCUCAUUCCAGACUCCCGGCGUUAGCAUGCAAUCACAUAACGGUGACCAUGUCUCGGGUAGUAGCUCGUCACAGCAACACAAUUCCAUGCCACAUCUGCAGGCGUUUCACGGUGGCUUGCAUUCGCAUUUGUUGCGUCGCCAGCAGCAUGCUGCUGCUGCAAUGCAGCGUGAAUCUGCAUUCGAGGAAAAACUCUUGCAAUUUAUGCAAGAUGCCUUUCCAAAGAAAAGCAAAAAACGUAAGAAUCGUGAUCCGGAUAAGCUGUUUUUACUUUCGCUCUACGAGGAGAUUAAGCGUGUGCCCGAAGAGAUUCGCCUUGAUGUAAAGGGUGAACUCAUACAGGUGCUAAAGAAAUACCAGAAGAAGGCACCGGUUAAACAGGAAAAACCCCAGUCGCAAACACAUACACAGUCAGCAUCGUCGUCGUCGAGCAAGCAAAGCUCUUCUACGGCAAAUGAUAAAAUACAAUUAGCGCAACAUACACAACUAUCACAUAGCAUGUAUCAGCUGCAGAAGAAAUAUGAUAAGAAUGAAAAGGAAGCCUCGCCGCAAUCACAAGUCGAACGUGUUUCCGCAUCGGCUGUUGCACUACAUGCUCAACAACAAUUGCCACACGCGCUAUUCCAAUUGCAAAAGAAGUAUGACGAGGGUGCCGAGAAGGUACAUCAACAGAAUGAGCAACGCAAACAUGUUGAUGGUAACCACCAACAGCACAAUAGUCAUCAGCAGGCGCCGGCACCACCCACCAGUGAACAGCAUUUGCAUCAUCCACAAAUGGCACAUGGCAUUAUGUUCCCAUUGCCACAAAUACGCAACGAGCAACCCACAGCACAACAGCAUCAUACACAUAACCCACAUCAGCAACAGCCGCAACAUAACCCACACCAACAGCAGACGCAACAACAUCAUCCGCCCACCAUAUUUGGCACAUCGGCCGCCUCCAGUGCCAUGAGUACCGAGCGGCCAGCCAUGGCGUAUGAGAAUGUCGGAUGAAUGCUGAGCCGCCUAUGGGAAGCGGCAUGCGAGGGCCGCAUGCCGGUAACGACGACGUCGACGACAAUGGCGGCGCUCGCAGAUGGGGAGACAUGAAAGGGGAAUGUUUACCGGACAAGUUCUACAUGUACAUAUAAUAUCUACUAAACAUACAAUGCUAGUAUACAAUAUUAAAAAAGAAAGAAAAAAUAUAUAUAAUUAAAAUAACUCGAAAUCACUUAUAUAAAUAUGCAUACAUAUAAUACAAUAUAAUUGUUAAUAUUUGUAAUGAACGUUUUGCUGUAUUUCUAUUCUUUCAAUUAAUUUUAAAGCGCCAAUUCUGCCAAUACAAGUACAUACGGACAUGCAUAAUUGUGAUCGCAACUUCAUUGAUAUGUUGAGGAUUGUCGCAUACGGCGCGAAUGCAAAACAAAUUAAAGGGAUUUAUCAAUUGUGUUGUCAGGUGUGUUACUGAAUGCAUUUAGCAUUGUUAGAUGCUUUUUGAAAAACAAGGAAUAACAGGUCUAAAUAUGACCUAUUACUAUGCAAAGUGUUUUGUAAAUUAUGCAAAAACAUUCGAAGCCUAGGGGAUGGGUUCACAGCUGGUAAAUGGGAUUGCUAUAGCACGAGUUAUAAUUAGUGACACAGUACAUAGUGUGUAACUAUGUAUGUAGAUUAGCACAUGUUUGUGUGCUUUUAUUAUUUGUAUCACUCAUUUUUAUAUGAAGAUGCAAUUUUUUACGUAGUCAUACUCUUACAAAAUAUGUACCGGUAUAUAUGUAAAUACUUACAUAUUUUUUUUUAUAUUUUUACAAAUAGAAAACCAUAACCAUAAAAAUAGCAGUAAAACGCGGAUACGAACAAAUUCCUAUUGGCAAUUUAUUUUGUAUAAUAUGCAUGUAAACACCAGAUGUAACUAGGUAAAUAAUAAUUGAAGGGGUCAAGGGCUUUUAGCUAAAUGUAGUUGCGCUUGGAUGCCUUCCACUUAGAAGUGAUUCAAAAGAAAUCCCACCGAUUUAAAUAUUUAUACAUAUGUAUGUAUGUAUAUAAACUGCGAAGAAAAAACAUGUUUA